GAACCAGUCUAAUAUAGUAUUAGAAAUAAAACCAAAGACGCAACAACAUGGCUGAAGAGAGUUUUAAUGCUGACGAGCUGAAUCCUCCGGAAUGGCUGAAUGUUCAGUUCAUAACGAAAGUUUUGAGUGGCUACGAAAAGGCAGCUGACCUAGAAGUCACUAAUUUGAGCUUCACACCGGCAAGUGCCAAAGGAGAUCACUAUGCCAGCAUUAUGUUCCGUGCCAAGGUGGAUUAUAAAACCCAGAAGGGAACCUUCUUCAAGUCGCUGAUCAUCAAAACAAUGCCCGUGGAGGAGGGUGUCAAGAAGGAUAUGUUUGCCGAUUCUCCCCUAUUUAUAACGGAAAUUGGAAUGUACAGUAAAGUUUUGCCCGAGUGGGAGAGAAUUCUCCGGGGAGUUAACGAUACAUCCAAGCUGUAUGUGGACUGCAUCUAUCACAGUCUGGACCCAUACCAGAUUAUAAUCUUUGAAGAUCUCGUAGAGAUGGGUUACGAAGUGGUGCGAGAUCGUUUUCUCACACAGGAGGAAAUUUGUAGUGCCUACUCAAAGUUGGCCAAAAUCCACGCAAUCAGCAUGACAAAAAUUUACGAGAACCCCGAUUAUCUGAAAGAGUUCAAGUACGGAAUGUUGGAUAUGCCUGGGCUGAUGGACAGUCCCAUUAUAAAUGCCGGAAUGGCACCCUUUAUCGAUAUGUUGGGUCGAAUUCCCGAACUGACCAAAUACCAGCCUCAUUUUGAAAAGAUUGCACUGCACUUUAAGGACCGAUUGCGGGAUAUCAUGCGAGAUUAUCGAAUUAAUCCGCAUUCGGGAUACAAUGUCCUGAUCCACGCAGACUACCAUUGCCGGAAUAUGAUGUUUAAGCACAAUAAGGAAACCGGAGCCUUCGAGGACUGCAUGCUGCUGGAUUAUCAGGGCUGCAAUGUGGCACCCAUGGCCGUGGAUCUGAUUUACUCCAUUUAUAUGCUGAUGGGGACGGAGCAGAGAAGCGGAGAAUUGGAGACUCUGCUGAACUACUACUUAUCCGUCCUGCUAGAGACUCUCAAGAAGAUUGGCUACCGGGGUGAAAUGCCCACUAAAUUGGGCUUCUGGGCGGAAAUUAAACGCCACAGAUAUUAUGAGUUCCUAUUGCUGAGCACUUUCUUGCCAGUGUCGGUGGGUCUUAGAACCCAUUCCAUGGACUUGGCGGAUUUGCUGCACAACGAAGAAACUCGGAAGCAAUUAUAUCUACUGAAAGAAGUGGUUGAAGAAACCAAAGUUAUAAUGGCCAGAUUGGAUAAAGCUGGAUAUUUCGAGGAUUUGUAAAGUGAAAUGCAUACAAUUUAAAAAAGAAUAAAUCACUAAAAAUGA